AUGAAACUCUCAAUCCUGACCUUCGUCGUUGCGAGUGUCGGCCUCGCGGCCGCCUCGCCGAUGCGGGUCGUUAUCGUGUCAAGCCCAGGCACAGGCGGUGUGGAGGGCGUGGCUGAGCUCAUCCGCCCGCUCCCAGCCGCCAGCAUGAGCCUCCCACGCCCUCACCUCCCCUUCCGCCCGAUGCCCAUUGUCGAAGGCGGUGUCGUCGUCACCCCCAUGCCCUUCGUCGAGGCCCAGGCCAAGAAGCCCUGUGGCAGCCACAGCGCAGCGCGUCUCCGCCAGAAGGCCGCCCAAGUCAUUGCUGCCUUCAAGAACGCCUUCCACCACGCCCACCAGCCGGAGGCGGCAGCGACAGUGGCAAACGGCCGCACUCCAGGCGGCGACCGCCUCCAGGUCAUCCAUCUCGACCCGGUCAUGGCCACUCCCACUCCCAUCGCCGGACCCGUCGACGAGUCGCAGUUCUUCGACCGUCUCGAGCUCGCGCUGGGCCGUCUGGGUCCCUGGGAGGGUGGCCUUAUGGCCUUCGUCAUCGGCUGUGGUAUCGGCGUCCUCCUCCGCAUGUUCUACAUCCUCACCCUCCUCGCUGUCCGCGCCAUCCGCGCUCCCUGCACUAAAUCCACCGACGACUACUACUACGGCGAUGUCGCGCUCGAGGAGGACGCUGAAGAAAUCUUCGUCGCGCCCCCCAUGUACACCGUCGCCGUCCCCGUCGUUGUCGAUGAGAAAGCCGAGGAACGCAAGUAG